UAUAUUAAACCAGCGUAUAAUUCUCGCUCUCAUAGGUCCUUGUUACAUCUCCGCCUCCAGCACCUCCAUCAUGACAUCGCCCGAGUCCCCCACGCUUGUGUCCCCUUCCCCAUGUCCUGCUCCUCCUCCGUCUCUCCCCACGUCCCCCGUGCCAUCCUCCCCCGCCCCGUCCUCCUCCUCCCUCCCGGUACCGCCCUCGCUGCCUCCCACUGGGGAAGUGAUGGUCCUGGCCCUGGGGCGGAAGAAGCAAAGGGUCCUGAUCGUUUUGUCCAUCCUGCCAAAUCUCUUCCUGGCCUUCCUGCUUUCCUCCGACCCCCUCAUCACCCUGUCCUCGCCGCACCACUGCCACCUGCCGGGGCCGGCGCCGACGCCCGAGGUGCUGAACGUUUCCCUGCCAUGGGAGAAGGGCCCGAGGCCCGGCGACAGCCGAGAUCUUUCCCAGUGUAAGCAGUACGUCAACGGGAGCCAAUCGGAGGUGGUCGAUUGCCAGGCCGGCUGGGACUACAACAUCACCGAAGGGCUGAGGAACAACAUCGUAACUGAGUGGGAUCUGGUGUGUGAUCGCUAUUGGCUCGUACCUGUGGAGGAGGUGUGCUUCAUCCUGGGGGCCCUGACUGGUUGCCUGGGCCUCGGUUUUGCUGCUGACAGAAUCGGCCGCUCCAAGACUUUACUGACGUCACUCACCCUGUCAGUGCUGUUUGGCGUUUUGGUGUGCGUCUCCCCGUACCCUUCCAUCUUCAUCGUCAUGCGCUUCUGUCUGGCGGCUGCGAGCGCCGGCGUCUACCUUACACUCUACGUCUCUCGCCUGGAGUUGUGCGAGCCUUCACUGAGGCUGAUCGCGACCGUACUGGCGGGGCUGAUGACCGUUUCCGGGGAACUGCUGCUGCUGGCCGUGGCCCUCGGCUGUCAGUCCUGGAGAGGCUUUCUGGGAGCCGGUGCCGCUCCGCUCACCCUCUUCCUUAGCUAUGGCAUUCCCGGAGUUUUUCCAGAGUCUCCUCGCUGGCUCCUGCUAUCUGAAAGACACGGAGACAUGAACUCCUUCAGCGAGAGGAGAAAUUCAAACAGAGAUGCGAGGGAUGACGAGAGCUUCACGGAGCUCGAUUCGGAACCGGCGCCCUCCUCGCGUCCCCGCUUGUCUUUCCCUGAGCUCUUCCACAGUAGGAACAUCUGGAAGAACAUUUGUGUGCUGGGCUUCACCUCAUUCAUCUCUCACGGCAUCAGCCACUGCUACAGCUCUUUCCGAGGUGAUGUGCGAGGCACGGCUCCCGGCUUCUAUUGGACCUACCUUCUGUCCGUGUGCGCGGGCGGCGGCGCCUGGGUGUUGCUCUGGGCAACCGUCGACAGGUGCGGUCGCCGUGGCAUCCUUCUGCUCUCCAUGACGAUGACGGGCCUGGCCUCCUUGAUCCUCUUGGGACUCAUGAAGUAUCUCAGUGAGAACGCCAUCACCGUUUUCUCCGUCAUGGGCCUCUUCUCCUCGCAGGCUACUGCCUCCCUUUGCGUUCUCUUGACUGCAGAGAUCAUGCCUACCGUCGUCAGAGGGACGGGCGUGGGUGCCGUGCUGGCCUUAGGCUGCGUGGGGCGUCUCAGCUCGCCACUCAUGGACCUGAGGAACCACUACGGCUACUUCCUGCACCACGUGGUCUAUUCCUCUCUGGCCCUGCUGGCCGUGUUGUCUAUUCUGCUCCUGCCUGAGAGCAAGAGGAAGCCGCUGCCGCAGACUUUGGCCGACGGGGAGCAGUACAGGCGCCCCCCGCUUGGCAGGAGGAGGCGGGACAACGUGCCACUGCUGGCUACGCCCAACCCAGAGACUUAAACAAGCCUGUAGGACUAGGAGGGGCUGUGUGCAAUUCCACUGGAACAUCCAUAUAUGUAGAUGGAGGAAGGAGAGUAGAGCGAGAAAAGGGCUGUCAAGAUUUUGAACUCACGGUGAUGAUCCGCACAUUGAACGUUGAAAUCUUCCUAAUAUGAGCCUCUUCGUGCUUCGGCUCCCUCCAGCCAUUUACCUCCAUUGAAACGCACGAGGAACUCAGUCUUAUCAUCCAUCACACACAGCCCUUGCUGGGCCGCAUCCCAGCAAGCGCAAACCUGCAGCCCCCGCCAUGGGUCAUGUUUUGUUAUUGUCGUGCUACACUUGUUCUCCGACACCUCCGCCUUCUGACGUACAGUAGAGAACACGGUUCUCAGAUGUAUCCUGUUACUCUAUAAGGUGUUUGUUUGUUGUAAAUACUUUUCUUGAAAUGUAGGGUUUUUUUUUUUUAAGUGUGCCUGGAAAAUGCGCACUUCCGUUCGCUAUGCAGAGGAGAAGGUGGGGCAUCGAGCACUUUGAUACAACGCCUUCAAAAGUUCAAGGACAGUUGCCUAGCUACACACCCACGCAAUCAGUAUUAGGAGUCAAAUUGAAAGUGUAAAUCUGGCCCGGAGCCGGAGUAUUUGGAAUUUGGGGGUCUUUUUUUAACGCUUUUGUUCCUCAGAAGCUUACGGUACCUCUUUAGACGCAAAGUCUCAGCAUGGACGUAUCCGAAUAAAAGUGGAGUAGAAGUUCACGCCGUGACUAAAAGAAGGUGAAGGUCUCGAUGCAGUCGAAAAGGCCCUCUGACGAAGCUCCGCAUUAGCUAAAGAAGGGCCCUGCGGGCUCCGUGUAAUUCCUCCUCUUGACUUUUUUCUUGCUAAUGUUGAAUGUAGUGACUGCAGUCGAUGUGUAUGCUGUUGGGCUCACACGCCUCAAUUGUGCACAGGAGCUGGGCAUACCUGAUUCAAGAUUUUUUUUUUUGGCUGUUUCUUCACAUUUUAGUACUUCCUCCGUUGAAUUACCUUUUCCUGUGUCUACAAACACUGAUUGUUCAAUGCUGACCCAGUUAACUCUGUCACCUGAUUUCACGUCCAAUAAAACUGGUUAUGUCAA